AUGCCACAACCUUCAAUUAUACCUCGUAAAGUCCUUUUCGGUAACCCUUCAAGAGCAUCGCCAACAAUUUCUCCUGAUGGAAAAUAUUUAGCAUUUAUUGCACCCAAAGAUGGUAUACUAAACAUUUACGUUUGUGACAAUCCUAGGGAUAUUUCAUCCGCGAGAGCAAUUACCAAUGAUAAACAUCGUGGUAUCAGAACAUACAUGUGGAGUUUUAGUAAUCGAAUUAUUUAUAAACAAGAUAAGGAUGAUUUUAAAGUAUAUUCUGUUGACGUAAAUUCUGGCGAAGAAAUUUUAUUAACACCGUUCGAUAAAACAACUAGUACACCUGAGAGAUUUUCUUCAGAUUUUCCUGACGAAAUUGUUAUUUCAAUUAAUCACCCUGAUCCAACGGCCUUCUCGUUAUAUCGUAGUAAUUUAAAAACCGGUGAAAUUAAUUUAAUUGAAGAGAAUACUCAAGGAUUUAUAGGUUAUUUUGUUAAUGAUGAUCUAAAAGUUCGUUUUGCCACUAAACAAACCGAUGAAGCGGGAAAUGAUGUUUAUAGAAAAAUUAAUGAUGAAUGGGAAUUAAUGAUUUCAUAUGAUCUUGAUGAUACAAUUUCUUCCGAGAUAAAAUCAUUGGUAAAGGAUGAUAAGGAUGAAUUAGUUUAUUUGACCGAUUCACGUGAUAGAGAAUUUAAUGCUUUGUAUAAAAUUAAUUUAAACGAUCCUAAAAAAAAACUUCAUUUAGUAGUAGAUCCAAAAAAUCAAAAGUCUGAUAUCGAAGAAACCUUACUAGAUCCUCGUACGAAUGUUCCAUUAGCUUACUCUUUAAAUUAUUUACGUAAAUCAUGGCACCCCAUCUGUUCUGAAGUGUCAAAGGAUUUAGAUUUCCUGAAAAGUGUUGAUGAAGGUGACAUCUCAUUCCUUUCUCAAACUUUAGACAAUACUAUUUGGAUCGUUGGUUUUGAGAAUGACACUCGAUCUGCAAUGUAUUAUUUAUAUGAAAGAUCCGAAAGGAGUGUUCAUUUAUUAUUUAAUCAAAGACCGGAAUUAGAUGAUUAUGAAUUAGUCAAAUUACACCCUGUUGUUAUCAAAUCCAGAGAUAACCUAGAUUUAGUUAGUUAUCUAACCGUUCCGCUGAAGAAACAUGAUCCUUAUACUAAUUAUAAGCCUACUCACCCUUUACCUAUGAUACUUGCGGUUCAUGGUGGACCUUGGAUUAGAGAUUAUUUUACUCCUUUAAGAGGAGAUCAUCAAUUCUUCGCUAAUCGUGGUUACGCUGUUUUAAGUGUAAAUUAUAGGAGUUCAACUGGCCUUGGUAAAACUUUGCUCCGUUCUGGUAACGGUGAAUGGGGCGGAAAAGCUCACGAUGAUUUAAUUGAUGCGAUCAACUGGGCGAUUAAAGAAAAGAUUGCAUUGAAAGAUAAAAUUGCUAUUUAUGGUGGUAGCUAUGGAGGUUAUGCUGUUUUGGCGGGAUUGACCUUUACGCCAGGUGUAUUCGCUGCUGGUGUUGAUAUUGUUGGUCCUUCGAACCUUGUGACACUUCUAAAAUCGAUUCCGCCGUAUUGGAAAGCAAUGUUAAACGAAUUAAAGAAACGUGUUGGUGGUGAUCCCGAAACCGAAGAAGGUGUUAAAUUUUUGUCAAGUCGUAGUCCGUUAAAUUUUGCAGAUAAAAUUUGUAAACCAUUAUUGAUUGCUCAAGUAUCAAAAUCAAUCCCAGUUGAUUAUGUAUUAUUUAAUGAUGAAGGUCACGGAUUUGCUAGACCAGAAAAUAGAAUAUCAUUUUUUGCCAUGACAGAAAAAUUUUUAUCUGUUCAUUUAGGUGGUAGAUAUGAAGAGGUUCAGGUGAUCCAGGUUAGAAAGAGUGAACUUUAUAAUGAUGGUGAUGAUAAAGAAAAUUCACUGAUACGAUCAUCUGUGCGUAUCAUAGGUUCAUUCUGUUCAAGAUCAAUUAAAAAAUUAAAUUCGAUAACGGAACUAUUCAACAACUUUUAUAUUCAACAAUAUGGUAAAGAACGUUGGCCAAACUUAUUAAGUUCAUUGAAGGGUCCUUCAAAAUCUUGCGCAAUGAUAAAUAAAUUCGCUUCAAAUACGAGCAUACUCGAGUUCAUUCAUGAAUCAAAGUCAAGUAACAAUUCGGAUAUGAUGAAGGUUGAUUAUUUAGGUGUGGAGUGUUACGUUAGUGAUUCAAAAUUUCCUAAACCAAAAAAAGACGAGCAUAACAUAUUCAACGUGUAUCACCUCGAUUUGGCCUCCAUAAUGGUUACCAAGGCUUUGGACGUUCAACCUGGUGAUAUGGUACUAGACUUGUGUGCUGCGCCUGGUGGGAAAUCCUUGGCCAUUUUACAACGUCUCCUGAAUAAUGUUGAUCAAAGGGGAGGUGCAAUUGAAGGAAGUUCGACUCGAGAAAGUGGAGGAAUGUUGAUCGCUAAUGAAAUCAACAAUAAGAGAUUUCAUAGACUAUUGCAAGUAAUUAAAUCUUACAUCCCUUUUAAAUAUCAUCAAGACCAAAUCAAAUUGGUAAAGAAUUCUCCUACUCGGAAUUUUAGCUAUGAUAAAAUCUUAGUAGACGUUCCAUGCUCUUCAGAACGUCAUUUAAUCACCGAUCAAAAUGAAUUGUCAAGGUGGAAAGAAUCCAGGUCCAAAAAUUUUUCAAUAAAACAAUAUAAUAUAUUAUUAGAUGCUGUUAAGGCCCUUAGAAUUAAUGGUAUUUUGGUGUAUUCAACUUGUUCUAUUAGUAAUUUGGAGAAUGAUCUCGUGAUUAAAAAAAUUUUGGAAAAUAGCUGGGUGGAAUUACAAGCGGUUAAAAGAAACGAUGGAUGGGAAUUCGGUGAAGAAACUGGAUUUGGAUGGAUUGUUUUGCCGGAUAAAUGUGAUGGUUAUGGCCCAAUGUAUUUUACAAUUUUGAAAAGGGUCGAGAAGGGAAAUAAAUUUUGA